GAGUUCGGGAGUGAUUUCUGGAUAUAACUCGGCGGCGAAGGGGGGUGGGGUGGGAACAUCAGUAAAGUGUGUUUUUGUUUUCUUUUUCUUUUUCUUUUUUUCAGCAUCAAAUACAACUAAGCAACCACCACCCCCCGGUCCCGUGCUGUGUUUCCCAUAUGUCGCGAAAGCAGCUGGACCAUGACUACAGCCUCCGUAGUAUGAGCAACCUGAUGGGCGAGCGCAGGAAGAAAGUGAGCGACGGAGGAGAGCGGAGUCUCAUCAAGACUCCGUCCAGCGCCAGCAUCAACAGCCAUGGCGCCUCCUCCUCCUCCGCCACCGCCGCCGGGGCUCCCGCCUCCGGUGCGCCCGCGGCGGCGCCCCCCUCAUCCACCGGGGACCUGGAGAGGGCUGCGCGUAAGCAGUUCCAGCAGGAUGUCACGCCCGGCUUCGUCUACGUCCUGGCCGCGUUCUCCGCCCUGGGGGGGUUCCUGUUCGGCUACGACACCGGGGUGAUCUCCGGGGCGAUGCUCCUGCUGAAGAGGGAGCUGGACCUGAGCGCCCUGUGGCAGGAGGUGCUCAUAUCGAGCACCGUGGCCGCGGCCGCCCUGUCCGCCCUGCUGGGCGGCUUCCUCAACGGGCUCUUCGGGCGCAGGGUGUGCAUCCUGCUGGCCAGCUUCUUCUUCGCCGUCGGCGGUGUCGUGCUGAGCACCGCGCCCGGCAAGGAGGUCCUCCUGGCGGGGAGGAUCAUCGUCGGCGUGGGGCUCGGUGUCGCCUCGAUGACUGUGCCAGUGUACAUCGCCGAGGCGUCUCCACCCCACCUCCGGGGUCAGCUGGUGACGCUCAACACCCUCUUCAUCACCGGCGGACAGUUCACUGCCAGCCUCGUCGACGGCGCCUUCAGCUACCUGCAGCACGAUGGCUGGAGGUACAUGUUGGGUCUGUCGGUGCUGCCCGCCGUGCUCCAGUUUGUGGGCUUCCUGUUCCUGCCCGAGAGCCCCCGCUGGCUGAUCCAGCGCGGGCUGACCCAGAAGGCCCGCCGCGUGCUCAGUCAGAUCCGAGGCAACCAGAACAUCGACGAGGAGUACGACAGCAUCAAGAACAGCAUCGAUGAGGAGGAGGACGGCAGAGGAGAAGGCCCCGUGAUUUGGAGGAUGCUGACCUACCCCCCCACUCGGCGAGCCCUCCUGGUGGGCUGCGGUCUUCAGAUGUUCCAGCAGCUUUCGGGAAUCAACACGGUCAUGUACUACAGCGCCACCAUCCUGCAGAUGUCCGGGGUGCGGGACGACAGGCUGGCGAUCUGGCUGGCCGGACUCGGCACGCUCACCAACUUCCUGUUCACCCUGCUGGGCGUUUGGCUGGUGGAGCGAGUGGGCCGCAGGAAGCUCACCUUGGGCAGCAUCAUAGGGACAUGUGUGAGCUUGAGUCUGCUGGCCGUCGGCUUCCUGAUGACAGCCCAGCACAGUCCUCCUGUCACCUUCCACCCAUCCGCCCCGUCGGUGACCAACUCCACCUGCUCCAAAUACCAGCUGUGCCAGCCGUGCAUGCUGGACCCCGCAUGUGGCUUCUGUUACCGCGAGAACGCCUCGGCGCUGAUCGCCUCCUCCUGCGUGCCGGUCGAUAAGGCCUCCACCGAGCUGGCAGCAUGGGGCAGAUGUUCCAACACCAGCCUGAUGAAAGAUCAGACCUACUGGGCCUACAACUACUGUCCCAGCUCCUACUCCUGGCUGGUGCUGCUGGGUCUGGUCCUCUACCUGGCGGCCUUCGCUCCAGGGAUGGGCCCGAUGCCGUGGACCAUCAACUCUGAGAUCUACCCGCUGUGGGCGAGGAGCACGGGCAACGCCUGCGCAGCCGGGGUCAACUGGACCUUCAACAUCCUGGUGUCGCUCACCUUCCUGCACCUGGCGCAGUACUUCACCUACUAUGGAGCUUUCUUCCUCUACUCCGGCAUGGCGUUGCUGGGUUUCUUCUUCGUCUACGGCUGCCUGCCGGAGACCAAAGCGCGCCGCCUGGAGGAGAUCGAGGCGCUGUUCGAAAACCAGCUCUGCUCCUGCGGCGCCUCCGACUCGGACGAGGGGCGGCAGGUGGAAUACAUCCGGGUCAAAGGGUCAAACUACCAUCUAUCGGACAACGACGCGUCUGACGUGGACUAGCGGGGGGGGGGCAGAGAGUUUGGUUAACCGUUAUUAAUGUAAUGUUUUCAUUUAUCUUUUACGUGUGAGCUGAGCAGGACAGGAAUCCCAGUUUCAAAGGAUGAGAGCGUGUCCACGUCCACUUGAGUCCGAGCGAUGGCGAGCCGACGUCAAACCUGCUUUAGUCGACCGCCGAAUGUUCAGCCGUGCACUCCCAAUAUCUAAAUUAAAACCUUUUUCCACACGUCACACGACCUGCAUGUACAAAACACAAGGGAACACGCCUCUCUGGUGAAGCCCCGGCAGCGAUGGUUUACUCCUCCAGAAAGAGGCUGCAGCUCGGUGCCGGUGGGAUGUUCCUCAUAUUUUGUACAUUCGUUGACUAGGAUUUACGAUUCACAUACGAUGUUGUACGGUCAGAAUGUGUUUCCGGUGAACGUGGCCGUGAGCAGACGGGACUCCCAGUGGCCCCGUCGUACCCUCCCGCCUCCCGACGCGAAGCGCGUCUCGGUUCCAUGUCGUUGAAGCUCGUAGCAUCACAGUGCGUCGUGUCGCUCCCUCGCCUGCUGGAAGUCUUAGUUUGUGGUAUAUUUUUACGAGAAGCAAACACCAGAGAUGUACAGUAUAUUGUCCAAGUUUAGAACAACAGUUGGCGCCUAAAUCAAACCACUCUUCAAUGUAGUAGCACUGAAAGGAAUACGAGUUAUCUAUAGUUUAUGUUUAUUUAUUGAGAUGUUAUCUUUGUAGUAUUGCUUGUAAUAGAAUACUACGGAGAGUACCGCCUCAAAACCUACACGAUGACCCCAGGUGAUGAACAGACAGCGGCAGGCUGGUUUUACAUAUCAUAUAUAUUUUACAUGCUGGUCAUACGUAAGUGUUCCUUUCCAUCCUCAAGUAAUAAUAUUAGUGCCCGUGUAUUGUGAAGGUCCCUAAGUGGCUGUGUUUCAGUCCAAAUCCCUGAAGUGGAUGUAUCAUGUGACGAUGGUUAGGUCUACAUAGAUUUGUAUUUAUUUAUUAUUUAACAUGUAUAUAUUUGCAUUUCACCCGUAAUGUGUACUUCUUUUUUUUACUAUAAUUUCAUGUAUGUUGUCUUCCUCCAUAGCCUUAUGUACAAAAGCAGAGCACAUCACGUGGUUCCCGUCGAGGAGUUGGCUUCAGCGUAGUUUGCCAUGUUGUUUUGUAACACGCGUGUGAGGUUGCACCUCGUUAGUCAAACACACACACACACACUAGACUACUUUGUGUAUUAAAACACAACCGGUAAAUAACAGGCUGUUACUGUGUCCAGUGAACGGUCAUUUUUGACUCGUGGGUCGUGAAUUAAUAAGAUAUCUCUUUUUAAUAAACUUUUCAAAUAAGAAGCUGCUCAUCAAACGCCAGGCUAUGAUAUUUUCAGUGACGCGCAAAGUUGUUGGAGAGUAGACGCCGAUUCUUGUUUUGUCUUCAUUUGACCUCCGAUGAGCCGUCUUCAAACCACGUUAACUAGUUUUGUACUGAAAGUAUUAUUACAGGUCAAGAAAACACACACGGGUGAAUCUCCAUAACACAGAUGUGUAAUUAUACUUGUGUAUUUAUCCUGAUUGUUUCAGCUGUUGCCAUCCAGAUGUUACCACUCCAUGUUAACACUGAGGCCAUUCAAUGUAUACUUCUGGUGUGAAGGUUAACAUCUUUUUGUUUUCUAUGUGUGUUUCUACAGUUUGAGGAACUACAAAAAAUACCAAUAAAAAAAAAAAAGAGUGCUGUAUAGUAUAUUUGAUUAUUGUUCAAGCUGUAUAUGUUUUGCUAGAGUUUAUAUUCUAUAUAAAAAAAGUGGAUAUCUACACUUGAAUAUGUAUAUGGAGAAAUAAAUAAACUUCUGA